AUGUACAAUGCUGACCGACGUUCGAAAGAAUUCAUUGAUGGCCUGCAUUAUUUUUUGUCUGUGGCUGAGGCAAACAAGCAGAAUGGUUUUAUGUGCUGCCCGUGUGUUCAUUGCAACAAUAACAAGGAUUACUCAUCUUCAAGAAUCCUACACAGCCACAUUUUCGCAAAUGGUUUCAUGAAAAAGUAUGUUUGUUGGACGAAGCACGGAGAACAGGGGGUUACCAUGGAAGACAAUGAAGAAGAAGAUUUUGACGACCACUUUCCCGGGAAUGCUGGAAUCGGUGCAUUCGAUGACGAUAUUCCCAUGGAAGAGCCCGAAGUAGAUGUAGCAGAAAAUGAUCCCAGCGACGAUCUGGGGCAAGCAUUGCACAAUGUGCAGGCAGACUGUGAGAGUGAAACAGAGAGGUUGAAGUUCCAGAAGUUGUUAGAGGACCACCAUAAGUUGUUGUACCCAGAUUGUCAAAAUGGAUUUAAGAAACUUGGCACCACCUUGGAGUUGCUGCAAUGGAAGGCGACAAAUGGUGUAUCCGACAAGGGAUUUGGUGAAUUACUCAAACUUGUUAAAAAAAUGCUUCCUAAGGACAAUGAAUUGCCUGCCACAACGUAUGAAGCCAAACAACUUGUUUGCCCUUUGGGACUGGAAGUGCAAAAGAUACAUGCAUGCCCCAACGACUGCAUCCUCUACCGAGGCGAGUACGAGAAUUUGGAUGCAUGUCCCGUAUGCAGUGCAUUGCGUUACAAGAUUAGAAAAGAUGAUCCUGGAGAUGUCGAGGGAGAGCCUCCCCGGAAGAGAGUUCCUGCGAAGGUCAUGUGGUAUUUGCCUAUAAUACCACGUUUGAAGCGUCUGUUUAGAAAUAAAGAUAAUGCUAAGUUGAUGCGAUGGCACAAAGAGGAACGCAAGAAAGACUCGAUGUUGAGACACCCCGCUGAUGGGUCGCAGUGGAGAAAAAUAGAUAGAACGUACCCUAAAUUUGAUUUGGAUGCGAGAAACAUAAGGUUCGGUUUGAGUACGGAUGGCAUGAAUCCUUUUGGUGAGAUGAGCAGUGGUCAUAGCACUUGGCCUGUGACUCUUUGUCUGUACAAUCUUCCACCAUGGCUCUGCAUGAAACGAAAGUUCAUCAUGAUGCCAGUGCUUAUCCCGGGUCCAAAGCAGCCCGGAAAUGACAUUGAUGUGUACCUAAGACCAUUGGUCGAAGAACUCUUAUUGCUCUGGGGCGAUGAAGGUGUACGGAUGUGGGAUGAAUACAAACAGGAAAACUUCAACCUACGAGCAUUGCUGUUCGUAACGAUCAAUGACUGGCCUGCUCUUAGUAACUUGUCAGGACAUUCGAACAAGGGAUACAAAGCAUGCACACACUGUUUAGAUGAUACCGAUAAUAUAUGGUUGACUCACUGUAAGAAGGUUGUAUACAUGGGUCAUCGUCGGUUUCUUCCCAUCAGGCAUGCGGUACGAAAGAAGGGCAAGCAUUUCAAAGGCCAAGCGGACCACCGAACAAAACCGAUGCACCGUAGUGGUAAAGACGUCUUCAACAUGGUAAAAGAUCUAGAAGUUGUUUUUGGAAAGGGAUCUGGUAGCCAACCUGUUCCGAACGAAAAUGGAAUGGCGCCCAUGUGGAAGAAGAAAUCUAUAUUUUGGGAGCUACCAUAUUGGGAAGUCUUAGAUCGAGAUAAUGGACGACAAUACUUAAGUCCUGCCAGCUAUACUCUUAGCAAGGAAGAGAAAGAAACCAUGUUUGACUGCUUGAGCAGUAUAAAGGUUCCAUCUGGAUACUCAUCCAAUAUAAAAGGAAUCUUAAAUUUGGCAGAGAAGAAAUUUACAAAUCUCAAGUCCCAUGACUGCCAUGUGCUUAUGACCGAACUUCUUCCGGUUGUGCUGCGGGGGAUUCUGCCUGAUAACGUCCGAGCUCGUCCAGAAGGGAGCAUCGCCAGUGCGUACGGAACUGAGGAGGUCAUUGACUUUUGUGUUGACUUUAUUGUUGACCUUAAACUGAUUGGAGUCCCUGAAUCGCGAUAUGAGGGGAGACUAUCUGGAAAGGGUACAUUAGGAAAGAAAUCUUAUGUCUGCACAGAUGAUUUCUCAUUCAAGAAAGCGCAUUAUACGGUUCUUCAACAAUCAUCCUUGGUUGACCCAUAUAUCGAGGAACACAAGAAAAUUCUGCUCUCCAAUUUCCCGGAAAAGUCUGAGGCAUGGAUUACACGUGAGCACAUGAACACUUUCUGUAGCUGGUUGCGGAAGCAUCUAAUGCAUAACAUGGAUAUAAGUGAACAACUGUUCUUAUUGGCUAGGGGACCAUCUUGGAAUAUCUUAACAUACCAAGGGUACGAGAUAAAUGGAAACACAUUUUAUACGAUAGCCCAAGAUAAAAAGAGUACCAACCAAAACAGCGGUGUUCGUAUGGAUGCCACGGACAAUAAUGGAAAAAAAGACACAUAUUACGGCUACAUUGAAGAGAUAUGGGAGCUGGAUUACGGUCCCAAUUUCAAGGUGCCUCUAUUUCGUUGCCAAUGGGUUAAGCUAUCUGGAGGAGGGGUAACAAAAGAUGAGUAUGGGAUGACAAUAGUUGAUCUCAACAAUCUUGGGUAUAGAGACGAGCCAUUUGUCCUAGCCCAGGAUGUCGCUCAGGUUUUCUACAUUAAGGACAUGUCCAGCAAGCCAAAGAAGGGGAUCAACAAGCAAAAGGAUGAGCCUAAGCGACACAUAGUUCUAUCAGGAAAGAGAAACAUCGUUGGAGUGGAGGACAAGACAGACUUUUCAGAAGAAUAUAAUAAUUUUGUUGCCAUUCCAGCUUUCGAAGUAAAUGCUGAUCCAUGCAUCCUGCUAGCCAAUGAUGAUGCUCCAUACUUGCGCCGUGAUCAUAAUCAAGGGACAUUUGUGAAG